GCCGGAAGAUGUCGCCGCUCCCUCUCCCUCCGCAGAGACGCUCAGGAGGCUCCUCUCCUCUUCUCUCCUCUGAAUGACUGGAGCCCCUUUUUCUCUGUUGUAAGACAGAGGGAAUGGGACAGACAGAGAUAGAGGUGGGCAGAGGUGUGACGGACAGAGGCAGAAGGGAGACUCGGAGCCAGCUGGGCUUUUGCCAUAUCUUAUUUUUAUUUAGGGAUUUCCAAGGAGCGGAGGAAAAGGCUCCGGUGGUGUAGUUGUUCGUGCGUAAACGGGAUAGGUUCCCCCCCCUCCGCCCCCCAAAUUCUCAGGAGUUGUUCUACACUUUGAGACUGAGCAGUUUGUUUGGAGGUAGUGUCCUGGGUGGAGUUUUCUUUGCCUCCGCGCUGCACGGAUUACAAUGCAAAGGGUUUUGGAGGUUUGGGUCACCUUGGUGACAGUUUCUGCGCUGGCGGAGCGGGUGUGCGGAGGGUACGGGCUCAGCAUGUUCGCCGCGCAGUCUUCCCCCCCGGACCCGUGCUAUGAUGAGAACGGGAACCCCCGGAGGUGCAUCCCCGACUUCGUCAACUCCGCGUUCGGGAAGGACGUGCGCGUGUCCAGCACCUGCGGCAGCCCCGCCGGCAGGUACUGCGUGGUGACCGAGAAGGGCGAGGAGAGGACCCGGGACUGCCACACGUGCGACGCCGGGGACCCCAAGAAGUCCCAUCCGCCCGCGUACCUGACAGACCUCAACAACCCGCACAACCUCACCUGCUGGCAGUCCGAAAACUACGUGCAGUUCCCGCAGAACGUCACCCUCACCCUGUCGCUCGGCAAAAAGUUCGAGGUCACCUACGUGAGCCUGCAGUUCUGCUCACCCAGACCCGAGUCGAUGGCGAUCUACAAGUCCAUGGACUACGGCAAGUCGUGGGUGCCGUUCCAGUACUAUUCCACCCAGUGCAAGAAAAUGUACAACAGGCAGAACAAGGCGGCGAUCACCAAGCAGAACGAGCAGGAGGCCAUCUGCACGGACUCGCACACGGACAUGCACCCUCUGACAGGCGGACUCAUCGCCUUCAGCACCCUGGACGGCAGACCGUCGGCGCACGACUUCGACAACUCGCCCGUGCUGCAGGACUGGGUGACGGCCACCGACAUCAAGGUGAUCUUCAGCCGGCUGCACACUUUCGGGGACGAGAACGAGGACGACUCGGAGCUGGCCCGAGACUCCUACUUUUACGCGGUGUCGGACCUGCAGGUCGGAGGACGGUGCAAGUGCAACGGGCACGCUUCGAAGUGCGUCAAGGACAGAGAGGGGAACCUGGUGUGCGAGUGCAAACACAACACGGCGGGACCGGAGUGCGACAGGUGCAAACCUUUCCACUAUGACCGCCCCUGGCAGCGCGCCACGGCCAGGGAAGCCAACGAGUGUGUGGCGUGCCACUGUAACCUGCACGCCCGUCGCUGCCGAUUCAACAUGGAGCUGUACAAGCUGUCGGGCCGCAGGAGUGGCGGCGUCUGUCUCAACUGUCGCCACAACACGGCCGGGCGCCACUGCCACUACUGCAAGGAGGGCUACUACCGGGACAUGACCAAGUCCAUCUCUCAUCGGAGGGCUUGCAAAGCAUGCGAUUGCCAUCCGGUCGGAGCAGCAGGGAAGACGUGCAACCAGACAACAGGUCAGUGCCCCUGCAAGGACGGAGUGACCGGGAUCACCUGUAACCGCUGCGCCAAGGGCUACCAGCAGAGCCGCUCUCCCAUCGCCCCCUGCAUCAAGAUCCCAGUGGCAUCUCCGACGGCGUCUUACAGCAGCUACGAGGAGCCGUCAGAUUGCGAAUCCCACUGUAAAGCUUCCAAGGGAAAGAUGAAGAUCACCAUGAAGAAGUACUGUAAAAAAGACUACGCUGUCCAAGUCCACGUUCUAAAAGGGGACAAAGCGGGCGAGUGGUGGAAGUUCACCGUCAACAUCAUCUCCGUCUACAAGCAAGGUGAGCACCGCAUCCGCCGCGGGGACCAGCUGCUGUGGGUGCGCGCCAAGGACGUGGCCUGCAAAUGCCCAAAGAUCAAGCCCGGGAGGAAGUACCUGCUCCUGGGCACGGACGACGAUUCCCCCGGCCAGAGCGGCGUGGUGGCCGACAAGGGAAGCCUGCUCAUCCCUUGGAAGGACCUGUGGGGCCGCCGGCUGAGGAAGUUCCAACAGCGCGACAAGAGGGGAAAGUGCUAAAAGUCGCUGGAGAGGAGGAGAGAGAGAGAUUGAGGGAGAGGCGGAGGCAACAGAACGUCUCCGCUGGGAGGAACGCGAGGAAGAGGAGAGGAUGAAAAAAAAUAAAUAAA